GCAGCCAAUGAGUGGCACUUUUUUCGGAGGUUACUUAAGGUGAGUUUGAGACAUGAGAGUCCAGUUCGACACAAAGAACAGCUAUGUUGUGGAUCUUGGUAGGAAUUUUUUCGGUGGUGCAAGCUACUCCGAUACGAGUAUGUGUUCCAGAAUCACUGUCAACUUCGUGUGGUCAGAUGGAACAGGACUUGCCUGAUACUUUCAAAUGUGUCAGUGCACCAGAUGUGCUCGGAUGCUUGCAAAAGAUUCACCAAGGCGAAGCAGACACUGCUAACGUUGACCCCUCUGCUCUCUACCUGGGUGGUAAAUUUUACGAUUUGCGACCGGUUGCCACAGAACUUGUGGAUGGAGAAUCUUUCAGGUACCAAGGUAUAGCUCUCGUCCGGCAAGGAUCAGACAUCCAAAAUGUGAACGAUUUGAAAAAUCGAGCUUCUUGCCACACUGGCUUGGGUCGAACCGUUGGAUGGCAGAUACCCGUGGGUAGGCUAUUGGCUGCAAAUGUCAUGCCUGCUGAUUGCGAAGUAGGAGAGCUAGGUUCAGUCAGCAACUUUUUCAGCGGCAGCUGCUUACCUGGAAAUUGGUCUUCAGAUCCAGAAGUAGAGAGACGGUUAAAAACGAAGUACAGCAAUUUGUGCAGCAGAUGCAAGAACCCACUGACAUGCGCAGCAGAUGAUGCAUAUGCUGGUUACGAAGGUGUCAUGAACUGUUUGUCGGAUGGCGCAGCUGAUGUGGCGUUCACGAAAAUCCCAGCUCUCAAGGAGUAUUUGGCAAAACAUCCGGAAUUCGCGGAUAAGGCCGAAUUGCUGUGCUUUGAAGGAGGUCGCAAGAGUUUACAGGAUCCAAAUCCCUGUACCUGGGGAGUUCGACCGACUAAUGCUUACGUUGCCAGAUCAAAUGACGCCGACGAGAUUGAUAAAAUUGUGAACGCUCUUUUGGAAACACAGAUUAAGUUCUCUGUUCCCCAAGUGCGAUAUCCUGAAUGGUACCACAAGGUUUUCCUGUCGCAUCCAAAGGUGACAGAACUCAGACGAACUCUUGAAGACAGAAGCACUCAUGUAUCCUACUUAGGCGAUUUCAUUCAUUCCAUUCGAAAACCACGAAGAGGGUGUGAAGGCAAUAAAAAUACUGUGGCUUCUAUUUGCGUCACGUCUCCCGAUGAAAAAUCCAAAUGCGAAGAUUAUUCUAAAGCUGCCGAGGCCAAAGGUUUGUGGCCGGACAUCGACUGCGUCAUGGGGGCUUCCAAGGCAGCUUGCAUGGUCACCGUCCAAGAGGACAAUGCCCAGCUCUUGGAGUUGGAUGGCGGAGAUGUCUACAAAGCAGGAAAGUAUCAUGGCUUGCAACCCAUCGCUUCCGAGCUCUACAACGGAUCUGAUGCCACAUAUUAUGCUGUAGCUGUUCUCAGGUCGGCUUCUGAUGUUACUAAGAUGUCAGAUCUUAGAGGGCUUCGUUCUUGCCACACGGGUAUGGGCCGAACAGCCGGGUGGGUGAUGCCAGUGGGCACACUCAUAUCCGAAGGGCUGCUCUCUUCUGGAAGCGGCUGCAACCAAGCAGAAGCAGUGGCAGAUUUCUUUUCUUCGGGAAGCUGCGUACCAGGUGCGAAUGACACGAAAUCCAAUCCAGGUAGGGUUCGCAGUGAAGACCUGUGCAAACAUUGCGUUGGAGACGAACAAGGCCUGCACAGAUGUGCCAGAGACUCAAAAGAACGCUACAGUGGUUAUGCGGGAGCAUUUAGAUGUCUAGCUGAAGGCCACGGAGAUGUGGCUUUCGUCAAGCAUAAGACGGUACCGGACUACACAGAUGGCCACGGCAAGGAACUCUGGACUAAAGAUUUGCUAUCAUCCGAUUUUAUAUUGCUAUGUGACGGAGGUGGUACAGACUCCGUGUUUAACUAUGGACGAUGUAACUUGGGAAAAGUUCCUUCUCACCAAGUUGUUACGGGUGGAAAUCUUUCAGAAAUUCGUCGUUUGAGUUUGGCUCGUUUAUUGGCGGAUUCUUCGAAAUCAUUCUCCAGCUCUUCUAAUCUCUAUCGAUUGUUUGGCAAAGGACAGAGGCCAGAUCUUCUUUUCAAAGAUUCAGCAACUGGUCUGAGAAUAACGCCACUGGACAGUAACUAUGAGCAAGUUCUUGGGAAAAGAUUCCUCGAAGCAUCAAGAGCUGCAGAUCCUAAAAACUGCGCAUAAAAUUUUUCAUCUAAAACACAUACUGUCAUUGUGAAAUAAUUGUCAUUAUAUCUCUGUCUUAAGUUGUUUAUCUAAGGAUUUUCAAAAUAAAAAUGAAAAGCCAAUAA